CCUCCUCUCCCCCCUUCCGUCACUUCUCUAACAAAGAUCUCUCCCAACUCCCAACUCUCAACCCUCAACCCUCGAUCCUCACCCAGCAUUCCCUCUUUCGACAUCCCCCUUGCAGCUUUUCCGACCCCCCGACCAAACUCCAUUGGACAAGUUGCGAAACAGGAACUCAACGUCUCCUUCCUUUCGCCUCCAGUGCAACAAACAAGAGUCCAAAAAUACAAGCCCGAGUAAAUGUGCAACAGCGUACAGAUAGACACAAACCGUGGACAUCAACAGCCUGUCUGCACGCCCCGCGCAACUCACACUACACCGCAUACAACCGCCUACGCUACCUCGACCUAUACCUAUACCUACACCACCUACACUACAUACCUACUCUCGUCCUCCCCACCGCUCUCCUCUCGGGAGCCUACCAACACGUAGAACGUGUUGUGUUGUACGGCUACCUGCUCGGAGUUUAGUUGUCUGGUGCGCUUACUCCCACGCCGCAUAUGACAAACGCAAAAGGUGUCGUGCGACCAGCUUGAUUCAUUUGAUUCAUUCAAACAGUCCUUCCUUCCACCCCCCUGCCUUGUCCGACUCAGCACCUUGUCUCUGUCGCCCUGUUUGCAGGUUUCCCCCCUUCAACGCUUCCUUCAACUACUCCCCGGUCCCCUUCACCCUCAGAUGCUCGACCUUCUUCUUCCUUCUCCUCGCCGCUUACCUCUUCUACAACCUUUCUUUGUACAUGCAACUUACACUGGUUGAGAGUCACAUAUUUCAGGAAGGAACCUUUCACUGUGUUACAUAGCGCAUCAGACCAACGGGAUAUCGAGUAAAUAGAAGACGCUAGCUGUCGACGACCUCUACACACAUAUACACCAUCUCGAAUACCCGUACAUAAUACGACAAGGCGACGUCUCCGUCCUUUCUGGCUACACUUUGCACAUGACUAUCAAUAGACCUGCUGGAACCAUGAACUCGGCUCGUGGGACUCGUUUUGGGGACUUUCCGUCUACCGCUGGACGAAAUAAUAUAGACGACCAGCAGCCUACACAAAAUACUACACUUGGCCAAGGCUUUGGUACAAAUAAUACUUGGAAAGCCCAUGGAGGAAUCUGGGGUAACGGUAAUGCUAUUGGAAGUAAAUAUAGCGUUGGAAAGAGGGACACCUCGCGCUCUAGAGUGAUUCAUGACGAUGAUUUGGCUGCCCCAAGUGGCUCCGGGGCACUAGCCGCCUCCUCCGAGGCCGACCCAUGGGGUACUCGCAACAAUGGACCCUGGAAUCCAGUUGACCCCACAUCGCCAAACCACAGUGGAGAGACAUCCCCAAGCCGUCACCGGGGGAGUAAUGCGAGCGCGGCCGCAAAUGGCCUGCUCUCGGAAGCACAGAACACAUCGCCGUACCUCGCCACGUCGAGGCCGGCCAUCGGGCAGGGCCCAGGCAUGAACCACCGCCCCAUGCCGAAGAGUAACCUCGACCCAGCUUCGGGGGCAUUCAAGUACCCGUACAGCUCGAUUAGCUUUGGCGAAAGCAGCGAGCAGGGUGGCAUGCAGGCGAUGAAUGGCGGAUUUGACUUACAGGAUGGAUUCAUGUAUGAUCAACGCCGUGAGAUUGGCUCAGGCUACAGAAGCACGCAAGGAGGUGCCUCACGUGAGCCAAGUCUGCCACCCUCGAGGCGCCCAGAGACUGCCUCGAGUGCGGCGACCAACACUUCGAUAUUUGGCCAGAUCCCGUAUUCGGCAUUCGGCCAUACCCCACAGAACUCUUUACAUAUGCAGAGGCCCAGCUUGACCGGUAGGACCCAGUCGUUCGGAUCGGCAACCAAUGGGCGGGGCUACAAUACCGGCUCCGACAGGUCGCAGGAUGUGGACGCCCAUUACACUCGUGGCACCUUACUCGACAAAAGCCUCCAGGGUGCGCUUUCCGAGGCGGUGAACGCCAUCGAACAGCCUCAAGUGUCUCCAAGCACAUAUGCCGGGUAUGAUGGGCAGCUACCACAUCCAAAUGGACAACACAUAUCGUGGGACGAGAAUUCGCUGUCCCAGAAACGGAACAGCUACUUCGGAGGCCACUACGGUGAUGGUGCCUUCUCGAACCAACUGAAUUCGAGGGGGCCCUCGCGAGCCGGUGAGUUGGAUGGCUUGUCGGCGCUGGGUGACCGCCCGAGCCAGCCGAUAAGCCCACGGUUUUAUAACGCCCAUGGAAUGACCAGUGCAGAGCUCAACGCGUACGCCAACGCCAAGGCGCAACAUAUGCAAGGGCUCUCUGAAAUUGAGCGCGGGCUCCAGAGGCUGGAGCUUGGGCAGCAUCAACAACAGGCGGGAUUCUAUAAUCCUCAGGCGAUCUACAACCCCCACUUCCAGGGACAAUACCAGCCGCAGCAGUGGGACUUUACACCACAGUCAUUCCGCGGUGCCCCGCAGGGCUUCGCGCCUUACGCAGUCCAGAUGCCUUCUUACCCUCCUGUCUCAGUGCCCAGGGGCCCUGCCAGGGACCAAGAUAUUGGUCAUGGCGUGAGGAGUUUGCUGUUGGAGGAGUUCAGGAACAACGCCAAGUCGAACACAAGGCAGUAUGAGCUGAAGAACAUUUACGGCCACGUCGUCGAAUUCAGCGGUGACCAGCACGGCUCGAGGUUCAUCCAAAUGAAGCUCGAGACAGCCAACAGCGACGAGAAGGAGCAGAUCUUCAGAGAGAUUCAGCCAAAUGCGUUGCAGCUGAUGACUGAUGUCUUUGGCAACUAUGUCAUCCAGAAGCUCUUUGAGCACGGAAACCAGAUCCAGAAAAAGAUCCUGGCCGAAAUUAUGAAGAACCACGUCAUAGAGCUCUCGCUGCAGAUGUACGGCUGCCGCGUCGUGCAGAAGGCGCUCGAGCACGUCCUCGCCGACCAGCAGGCCGAGCUCGUCAGGGAGCUCCAGGCCGACGUGCUCAAGUGCGUCAAGGACCAGAACGGUAACCAUGUGAUCCAGAAGGCUAUUGAGAGAUGCCCGACAGAACAGGUCCAGUUCAUCCUCGAUGCCUUCCGCACGCAGGUUCACACGCUCGCGACGCACCCGUACGGCUGCCGCGUUAUCCAGCGCAUGCUCGAGUACUGCACGCCUCCUGACCAGACGUCGGUGUUGAAGGAGCUAUUCGCGUGCGCGCAGAUGCUCAUCGUCGACCAGUACGGUAACUACGUCGUGCAGCACGUUAUUCAGCACGGCAAGCCGGAGGACCAAGCGAAGCUGAUCUCGAUGGUCACGAACCAGGUCCUGACGCUGUCGAAGCACAAGUUCGCGUCGAAUGUCGUGGAGCGGAGUAUCUCGUGCGGAACGACGGAGCAGAGGCAGACGAUCGUGGCGAAAAUAGUGGCGCUGGAGAGUGAUGGGAGUAGCCCGCUGCAGCUGAUGAUGAAGGAUCAGUAUGGGAACUACGUUAUUCAAAAACUCCUUGGCCUACUCCAGGGUGAUGAGCGCGACGCCUUCGUCGAGGACAUCAAGCCCCAGCUCAUGCAGCUCAAGAAGUACAACUACGGCAAGCAGAUCGCCGCCAUCGAGAAGCUCAUCUUCGUCGCCCCGACCGGGCCCAGCACCAGCUCGCACCGCCAAACCGUCAGCACCGCAUCCGCCACGCCCUCUUAUGGCCGUGGGGCGGCACCACCGCAGGGACCAGCGAUUACGCUCGACGUCAGCUCCGUGGCGCCGACGCCCAUGCUCACGAUGGAGCAGAAUAGCCCCGAGAGCAGCAACCUGCCCAGCGCCACCGGAUCGACCGUCGAUGAGGCUGGCGACGUCGGUGGCAGCGCUGGGAAGGAAGUUGGGAAGGAGACUGACGUGCCCGAAGUGCAGAUCGAGAGCGAGACCGCAUCGCUCGACACGCAAUCAACCAUUAGGUGUUAAUUUCCGCUUCUUUUUUUUGCACAAAGAAUGAGUGUUGACAAAAAUGGCAUUAAAAAUGGGGUGGGAUGGUGUGGGGGGUACUGGUGCUGUGUCUAUUUUUUUUGGCCCCAAAAUUUGUGUUUUUGUGGUUUUCUCCUGGUGCCGUUGUUGCUUUUUGAGUCCCCAUGAUGUUUUGGGGGGGGGGGGUAUAUCUAUGGCUUGGCUUUUGGGGAGUGAUUAUAAUUUGUGUUUCAAGCGGGGAAUAGGGUGGGAAGGGUGAC